ACUCCUCCAGAACCAGCCCGGUUUCUCCCCCAUCCCCCGCCCCCAAAAAAACAAUCGCGGCAGAGCCUACUCGUGUGACUACUCCUACCAAUCUGCCCAGCAGAGCCGGCGCGGGGGGAACACGCUCGCUCGCUCGCGCCGCGUUGCAUGCGCCGGGCAGCCGCCGCCGCCACCACCAGGAUCAGGAUCGGGAUGGCGGCGGAGGAGGUCAGGCAGGCGUCCGCGGCCGCCACGGCGGCCGAGGCCGCGUCCGCGUCGGUGCCGGCCCCCGCGGGCUCCCGGUGGGCGCGGGUCUGGCCCUCCGCGCUGCGCUGGAUCCCCACCUCCACGGAACGCAUCAUCGCCGCAGAGAAGCGACUCCUCUCCAUCCUCAAAACUGGGUAUGUCCAAGAACAAGUUAACAUUGGCUCUGCUCCACCUGGGUCAAAAGUAAAAUGGUUUAGAUCAUCAAGUGAUGAGCCAAGGUUCAUCAAUACAGUGACAUUUGAUAGCAAGGAGAAUGCUCCCACCCUUGUCAUGGUCCAUGGUUAUGGUGCGUCACAGGGGUUCUUCUUUAGAAACUUUGAUGCCCUUGCAAGCCGUUUCCGGGUGAUUGCCAUUGACCAGCUUGGUUGGGGUGGAUCAAGCAGACCUGACUUUGACUGUAGAAGUACUGAAGAAACCGAGGCUUGGUUCAUAGAUUCUUUUGAGGAAUGGCGCAAAGCAAAAAACCUCAGUAAUUUUAUAUUGCUUGGUCAUUCUUUCGGAGGAUAUGUUGCGGCAAAGUAUGCCUUACAGCAUCCUGAACAUGUUCAGCACUUGAUUUUGGUUGGUUCUGCUGGCUUUUCGUCAGAAACAGAUCAUAGUUCUGAGUGGUUAACCAAGUUCCGUGCAACGUGGAAAGGCAUGCUAGUAAACCAUCUUUGGGAGUCCAAUUUCACUCCUCAGAGAAUUGUGAGAGGAUUAGGUCCUUGGGGCCCAGAUUUAGUUCGGAGAUAUACCACUGCUAGGUUUGGCUCACAUUCAACAGGUGAAUUACUAACAGAAAACGAGUCCUCCUUGCUGACAGAUUACAUUUACCACACUUUAGCUGCCAAAGCUAGUGGAGAGCUGUGCUUAAAACAUAUUUUUUCCUUGGGGGCAUUUGCAAGGAAACCACUUCUGCACAGUGCAUCCGACUGGAAAGUGCCAACUACUUUCAUAUAUGGUCAUGACGAUUGGAUGAAUUACCAAGGGGCGCAGCAAGCACGCAAGGACAUGAAAGUUCCUUGCGAAAUCAUCAGAGUCCCACAGGGAGGACAUUUUGUGUUUAUAGAUAACCCUGUGGGUUUCCACUCGGCGAUCUUCUACGCGUGCCGGAAAUUUUUAUCUGGAGAUGCAGAGGAGGGUCUCUCUCUUCCUGAUGGCUUGAUAUCUGCAUGAGGCGUCAUCUCGUGUGAUCUCAUACCGAAUAGCGGUAUGGGCAUAAAGCAAAGCUAUACGACUAUAGAAAUGUUCAAUGACUGCUGGCGUCGCCAAUUUGUUUUUGUAUGUAUGAAUUCUGUGAAUAUGUCAUUCAUAUGUGCUUGCGUACCAACAACACUAGUGAGACAAUUAUGUUUUUGUUGCGGGUCUAGAUAUAAUUAUGUCAUAAGAUCUCCCUAGUCAGUUUUUAGGUCAAGUUACUGUGAGUGAUGCUCUAUAUUCUUUCAGGGUCAACUUUAUGUUUGCUUGC